CAAAGGGAUUACAAGAGGGAUUACAAGGUGUAAUCUUGUGGGUUUGAAGGUCCAAGAUGAGGUCUUGUCUCCUGAACAUUUGCAGGCUGCUUUGCGUGUGCUUGGCUUUACCCUUUCGCCUCCUGAAGGCGUUGGGUUUGCGCGCGACGUACAAGCGCUGCUUCCCGCGGCUCGCCUAUACCAUGACGUUUAAGUACAACGCCAAAAUGCACAGCAAGAAGAAAGAGCUCUUUCGGAACGUGUGCACGUUCGCCGACAGCCACGGAACCCUUCGCUUGCUGGAGAUUGGUUGUGGCGGCGGCGCCAACUUCCAGUUCUACCCGUACGGAUGCACCGUGCUCUGCGCCGACCCCAACCCGCACUAUGAGACGUUCCUGCAGAGGAGCAUGCGCGCCAACAAGCACCUGACCUACGAGGCCUUUCUGGUGGUGCCCGCAGAGGACAUGAAGGAGGUGCAGGACGAGUCUGUGGACGUGGUGGUGUGCACGUUGGUGCUGUGUUCUGUCCGGGACGUGAAGAUGGUUCUGCAGGAGGUUCGACGAGUGCUGAAAACAGGUGGAGCUUUCUUCUUUCUGGAACAUGUGAUGUCAAGCACCUCAGCCUGGACACACUUCCUCCAGCACACACUUGAGCCUUUGUGGUUCUACAUUGGAGACGGAUGCACGGUUACCAGAGCCACAUGGAAAGAUGUGGAGUCUGCUGGCUUUUCUCAAGUCCACAUUCAACACCUCGAGGCUCCGGUGACUGCAGUGAUGCGGCCUCAUAUUAUGGGAUACUGCAUCAAAUGAUGACAGGGAAACGGUAUCACAGAUAGACAAACAUAUCGAGUGAAAAUAUAUAUUAUUUACUCACAGAAUCAGCAAUACUUCAUACAUCGCUCCACAUCUCCGCACCUUCCAAGAUUCUGCCCCCCAUUGUCUAAGUAAUGACUGAGAAAUGGUCACGUUUACCCUUAAAAACCUAAGCCAAUAUAUAUCCUUUUGUACAAAAAUAAGGAAUGAAAAUUUCCUUAUUGGGGACAAGGGAAACUGCUGCAGAAGUAAUUAAUAAGUCAAAUUGUGUAAAUUGUGUAAAUGUUAUUCAGAGACCUAAAAAACAAAACAAGGCAGUAACAUUUACUUCAAAACACAAGCAAGAAAUAAAACAAAAACAGGAAAGGACAUUUAGAAAUUGAGACUAAAAAAAGCUCACAAUUCCAAACCUCCCAGUUUAAAAAUAUACACAACUAUAAAUGUUAUAGCAUUAGUAAAUACAAAACAAAUCGGUGGAAAAAUGUCCUUUUUGUUGUUGUUGGGAUAUAUAAAAGGUAUAUAUCUGAUUGUUAUAUCAAGCAGAGUAAAAAGAUGGAGGAUCUCAACCUGAAGUGUUCCCAGAACCCUGAUCAUAUCCACCGAGCUGACACAGCUCGUCUCUGCGCUUCCAGCACGUUAUCCCGUUUUCACGCAAUAAAGUUCCUUUAAGGUUUUCAGCUCCUCGAUCAGGGUUUUGUUUUGGUUCUCGAGCACGGCCACUCGAUUCUCAAGGCAUUUGACGUAUUCCUUUUUCUUCCGUCGACACUCGCGGGCUGCUUCCCUGUGAUGAAGCAGGAGGACAGUGGUCAGUCCAGCAAUAAAGAUAAAAAAAAAGAAAGCCAGUGCGGUGGAACAUUCAAAUGUAAUGUGAGCGUUAUAUCCCGCCUCUUCCUGCUCUCAGACCUGCCAACCAUAGACAAAAGAAAUAUAUAUUUACAAAGUUAGUUUUUAAAGUAAAAACAAAUGUGGUACAGAUUAGAUUCUUUUUCUAUAUUGUGCCUUUUGCAAUGUGCCACUGCUUUUCCAGCAACACAGCUUUUUGAUUUGGUUCAGAAGCUUUUUAUUCAACAACACAACAUCAACUUAUUGACUUAGGAGUUGGUGUUGGUUGAGGAUGGUUCCUGGCCUUCUUUCUGGAAUGGAUUUGGGUGGUUAUUCUACUGGGACUUGUUGAUGUUGUGAAUUGUGGUGUUGGUGAAUUUAACUCGCUGUCAACGUUAUUGUGAGUACACUUCUCUUUCUCACAGAAGCUUAGCACUAUUGUUGGCAUUAAGAAGAUCAGGACCAGUGGAAUAAUACCUUUUAAAUGCAGCUUGCAUUGACAGACAAGGGAUGCACAUGCUGAUGCACAUGCUGAGCAGUGGUGAUUGGAAUUGCCGUUUCUCAAUUCCACUCCACUGCUAACACUUGCUAGGAGUCAGGUAGAAAAGAGAUCACUCUGAUUCGCAGAGAGGUUGUCAUUCCACCUACGUGCAGGUUGCCAUGGCAAUGCCAAAAUAUGUGCCAAGUACAAAAAAAGGAGUACAUGUUGGCAGGUCUGUGGUUUGUGUAUUGCAGCUAUGCGUGCUUUGUUGUCAGUAAAUGAUAGUGGUUUGGCAAAGUGUAGCUACUAACGUUAGCUAUCACUUAGUGUACAACCGAAUAUGACUGCAAAGUGUUGAUGGACUCUCUGAGACUGCUGUGUGCGGACGUCCUACAAACAUCUCUACGUGAAUACCAGACAGCCCAGAGUGACCAAUCAUCUUAUUUGACAAUUUACACCAAUUUUUAUGACGUUUAAGUCCUAAUUGUGAAAAACUACUGGCAACAUAAACUAGCUGGUGGUGUUCUUAUGUUUUUUUGGUUAAAAAAAAUAAGUCAUCUUGAGCCCUUUAAGUCGACGUUGACACACACAGUCGACCGCUGUUGUCGACACCAAACUAGGGGUGCUCCGAUCAAGGUUUAUGCUGGCCCCUGGCAAACAGGUCAUUAUUAAAAAUAUAAACUUUUGGGUGGAUAGGCUUUUUUUUUUCCCUUUAUUUUUGUACUAUUUGCAACAAAGCUGAAUUGAACCUGAUGCAUGUUUUUGAGUAAUACCAAUUCAUGGGAAAUAUAUUGUUCAUUCAUUUAUUUUGGAGUUCAAGAUAACAAAAUGAACAGAAUCAAAUAAUCCAAAUAAAAACCUGUAUGAAGCAGAAGUGUGUGUUGCUUAAGUUAGAAGAGAAUCAACUGAGUGUACAACUUUUAACACUAUUAAAUACUGUCAACUAUUUGUCUUUUCUUUCUGACUAUUUUACACUAUUUUAUUUGCCAAGCACAUCUCCACCAAAACCGUCUUGAUGCUAUUUUAUGCUCAUUUGUCAUUAUAUAAAAGCUAUCAAUUCUGAAUUGAAC